AUGGGCAACAAGGACGAUGUGAACGAGGCGCCUGAGGUGGUGGAAGACGCAGGCGAGACGAAGCAGCAGACUAACUACGCCUUGGUCGACCGAGAAGUUGCCCAAUAUGCCAGCGAGGGCAUCGUCGACAUCGACGAAGCGACCAACAAGAGAUUGAAGAGAAUGAUUGACAAGAGGGUCUUGGCGGUGAUGAUCUUCACGUACUUCAUGCAGUCUUUAGAUAAGGGAACGAUGUCGUUCGCGUCCAUCAUGGGCAUCAUCGACGACACAAACUUGAAGGGGCAAGAGGAAAACUACAUUAUUCAAAAGAUUCCGAUCGCGAAGUGGCUUGCUUUCAACAUCAUCAUGUGGGGAGUAACUCUUAGUCUGCACGCAGCCUGUCACAAUUUCGUCGGUCUUGUAAUUGUCCGUGGCUUUUUGGGCGCGUUUGAGGCCGUCUGCCAGCCCAGCUUCGUGCUGUUGACAUCCAUGUGGUACAAGCGUGAAGAGCAGGCGACCACCGCAAUUCUUUGGUACAUGAUGAACGGUCUCCAACAAAUCAUUGGCGGACUUUUGGCUUUCGCCUUCUCCUUCAUCUCACACUCCUCGCCAAUCAAGUCAUGGCAAGCUCUCUUCAUGAGUUAUGGCAUCAUCACUGUCUUCUGGGGCCUCUUCGUCCUGUGGUGGAUGCCUGACUCGCCCAUGAAGGCGCACUGCUUCAGUGAGGAGGACAAGAAGCUCAUGGUAGAGCGGGUUUGUUCCAAUCGGACCGGUCUUCAGAACCGUAAAUACCGCAAAGAGCAGGUCUGGGAGGCUUUCAAGGAUCCUCAAGUCUAUGGAUUUGCUCUGAUUCAGCUUCUCACCACUCUUCCCUCUGGCGGAUUGGGUGCCUUUGCCAAUAUCAUCAUCAAGAGCUUCGGCUACACUACCUGGCAGACUCAGCUUCUCCAGAGCGUAACGGGCAUCCUGCAGAUCAUCACGAUGGUAACGGCCGCUUGGAUCGACCGACGCUACAAGCAGACAAUCCUCGCCAUGAUGGCUGCCGUUGCACCCACCAUCGCAGGCACCGUCGUCCUUCUCACGGUCCCGUUCGAACCCAGCAAGAAGGUCGGCCUGUUGUUUGCCUAUUAUAUCAUGAUCUCUUUCUGGGCCUGCAGCGGCCUCGCUCUUUCGCUCGUUACACGUAACGUCGCCGGCCAAACCAAGAAGGGCGUCGUCAUUUGCAGCAACUUCGUUUUCUGGGCUGCUGGCAACUCCAUUGGGCCUCAGGUGUUCCGCUCGCAAGAUGCGCCUCGCUACUUUCUAGCCCUGGCUAUUAUCAUUGGCUGCUUUUCUCUGCUAGAAGUUACGCUGUUUGCUCUGCGCACGUACUACGUAUGGCAGAAUAAGUCGCGCGAGGCCAAGAUCGUGCGAGGAGAAGCGGUUGCGGAUGUUGCCCAUGCGCAUGCUUUCGAGGACAUCACCGACAAGGAAAACGUCAACUUCAGAUACAACUACUAG